AUGACAUCAACAUCCGAGUCGACACCCAUCAGCAAUAACAACAACAAUGACCCACAACAACAACAACAACAACAACAACAGCAGCAGCAAGUGCCCCCUUCAAGUACAGGAACUCCUUCAACACCCAAAUUCAAAGUUUUCCAGGAGACGUUCAUGUUUAUGAAUCAGCAGCCCGUACAUAUUCAAGUGAUCGAGAUGGAGAAUUCGCAGUGGGUGUGGAUCUCGUCAGCGGGGGGUAACCCGUUGCAACAGCAACAGCAGGAUGCUCUUCAGGGUGGUGGGAGUGCUGGAGGAGGAGGCGGUGCUGGUGCUGGUGCUGGUGCUGGAGGUGCGGGGACGGGGGCGUUUGGGGAUUUGGCUAUGGCUAUGCCUGCCUUCCGGGCUGGACAGACCCCGGUAUCGAGUACGUUGCUCGGGAGCCCAAUUGAUGAAACGGCCGCUGGUAUCGCACGGCGACUCGCGACAAAGUUUAAGAGACAGUUCUUGGUGAACUUGGAUAUCCCGGCAAGUGUGGAUAAUGCGAUGGUGUUGGCGUAUUCGGAACGCAAGGUGGUCGAUAUGCUGCGCGUCAUUGCCGAGACUACCGCCGCAGGAGAUGUAUGA